AUGCCUGUUUCUGAGAAAACUUCACGGCGGAUAUCCAGUGAAAGAGAUAGGCGUAGUGGUGUCUCUUCAGCGUUGAAGAGUUCUACUGUGUCGAAAGCAAAGCGUCCACGCUCACGCUCCUCUUCAAGUUCAGCCUCUUCAUCGGACUCUUCUUCAGGAUCUUCAUCUGGUUCUCGAAGCAGUUCCUCGGGGAGUAGUUCAAGUAGUAUUAGCAGUACCUCUUCAGGUAGCAGUUCCAGUUCUGCGAGUAGCAGGGGUAGCCCCAGAAGGGGAAAACCCUCAGAUAGCAGCAGAGCACUGCAUACUAAGCGAAAGCCAGAACCCGCUGCCCCUGCCAAAUCUUUCCGAGGAGAUGAAAGGAGGGAUCCAGUACCAAGAAGAAGAUCUCCCUCACCACAUGCUCGUGUAGGUCGAAAUGGCCGUGAUGAAAGAACCCGCUCGAAUAAACGCUCACCUUCGCCUCGUUACAAGGGUAACAGACCACGGCCUAGCUCUCGUGGCAGGGACGGUAAAUCUUCGACAAAAAGAGAUUCGCCUAAUCCAGUGUUGCAUAAAAAGCCGUGUGGAGACGAAAAGGACCUUCCCUCGAAUGAUAAGACUCUACCAAAGGCGACUCAACCACCUUAUCUUUCCCAGGGAGAACAGAGCAAGGCGACGGUAGACAAGAAGUCGGAAAAGGAAGAGGCGAAAAAGACUGAAUCUGCAUCGACUAAAUAUCAAGCGGAAAGGGAUUCCUUGCCCAAUACGAAUGGUAGUAAGACUCGAGAACCAGCUGGGGAGAAAAAGAUCCCACUUGAAGAUGGUGAAAUUAGGGAGGAGAAAAAAGAGCGUCGAGAAAAGGUGAUUGCUUCGGAAUCGUCUAUAAAGGACUUGACAGCUAUUGAAGUUUCAAAAGAAGUAAAAGAGUCUUCGAAAGCCACGGAUAUCGCUUUGCCCGAAUUCACCAAAAUCCAGGUGACGAAACUCUCGAGAAAUGUCACCCAGGCUCACAUCCGCGAAAUCUUCUCGACCUGGGGUCAAGUGAAGUUGGUGGAUAUGCCUGCAGACCACAAUCACCCAGAGUUUCAUCGAGGUUACGCCUACAUCGAGUACACCAAUUCUAAAGCCGCCUCUGAUGCAGUUAAUUACAUGAAUGGGGGACAAAUUGAUGGCCAAGAAGUCAACAUCAUGGAGGUACUGCCUCAUGCGUCCUCAGCACGUGAAAGGCGUCGUUCGAAUGAACGACAACUCCCAUCAAAACGUCGGUCAAUCGAACGACAGAUUUCGCCUAGACGCAGGCAUAAUCAGGGCCGACGUUUGGGUCACGAUGAUGCCAGCCUGUCACGUUCUCGCGACUAUACUGUAGAUCGUCGUGGUGGCGUUGGUGGUGGCGCUGGCGCUGGCUACCAUCAACGCAGCGGUCGCUCACCCCACUCUCCAGUACGCCCUUCUCGUAACAGUCCCUUUGCAUCACGUUCUGCUGGAUGCGGUGAAAAUCAUAGUGAGGUUGGUGUAAACCGUUCUCCCCUUCAUGCUCCUUCUGCUCAAACCCAACCGACGAAUUCUGGAGGAAAUACUAAUCCCAGCAGCAAUGUAGCUGUCAGUAAAGCUGGGGCGGAUGCUGCUGCAGGCUCAUCGCGCUAUCGCAAACCUAGCCCUCUACCGAAACGCGAUAGACGCUCAAGAAGCCCACUUGAUUCCACUCGGCCGAAAACUACUGGUGGUGGUGAGUCUAAACUAUCUGAGCAGAUGAAAGACACCACAUCACGCCCACCGCAACGUGCCACCAGUCGUGGUGGCGUCGGUGGAAGACCAACGAUGUCUAGACGCCGUCGCACAUCAACUUCCACAUCAAGUGGAUCUUCUUCAGCGACUUCAUCCGCCUCAUCGUCAUCAUCAGGAAGUACUUCCAGAUCGUCCAGCUCUUCAUCUAGAAGCUCGAGAUCUAGAUCAUCAACGAGACGUCGUGGACGUCGCGGUGAUGCUGGCUGGCGUGGUGGUCGUAGAGGUGACAGCCGUGGUGGCGGUCGUGGUCGUCGUGGCCCCUCCUCGCGUUCGCGUUCCCGUUCCGGCCCUCUUCGUUCACGCAGAUGA